UUGAUAUUCACUCUCUUGUCCUUCGAAUAGCAAAAGAGGCCAGUUCGUUGGGAAGGUAUAUGCCUCUGGCAUCUUCCCCUGAUACUGAACACAACAGAACAGCGAUACCUCCUCCUUCCCAUAUAUAAAUUCAUCAUUCUAUUUUCCUUCACCUUUCUUUCCCUCUCAGUAGUCAGCUUAUAAAUUCAGUUGAAAACAAUAAUGGUUCAUUCAACUUCCACUUCCACUUCUCUUCUUCAUAACAAUAACCGUUUCCUCUUUUCCUUCAAUUCGUCUUCCAUAACCUCAAAUUCAAAUUCAUACUCUCACUCUCACUCUAAUUCUCUCUCUUUUACUAAGUUUCUCUCUUCUUCUUCUAAUUCUUCUUUUUCUUCUUCGUCGUCGCCAUUAUGUUGCCGCGUCGCCCGGGUUUCUACCGAGCACUUGGAACUCUCUCCGCCACCGCCGGGUUUCAACUUCCGCCGAGAAAUCGCCAGGCUCUCCGCCCUCCGCGAUAGCCUCGCCGCCUGCGCCACUCUCCACGACAAGCUCCGACUUCUCGACACCGACUCCAGAGUCCGCCGUUUCUUCCGUUCCGGCCGGAGUAGGGUUUUGGAGUCGCUCCGGAUGUCCUCCGGCGAGUUGUUUCUGCUCAAGUGCCUCGUCGCCGCCGGGCAGGAGCACGUGCUUUGCUCCGGCGUGGACGGAGUGGAGGCCGCCACUUCGGCCACCGCGAACACGAGCUCCUCCGUGAAGAGCGCGCUUUAUGCGCUAGCGGAGAUUAUAGAGAGCUUGGACUCCCAUGGAAGCAAUGGCGGCAGUGCCAGUUUCGGGAGGAGCACAACGGUGACUUUGGACGAUGAAGAAAUUAGGAACUUGGAAUCUUUGUUGGAGAGUUUAGGGGAGAUUGAAAGAUUCUAUGAUUGCAUUGGAGGAAUUAUAGGAUACCAGAUAAAGACGUUGGAGCUUCUUGUUGAAAAAUUACAUGACAGGCAGAAUGUAAGUUGGUCUCAGCACAUGCAUGAAAUGCAAGAAUGCCGGGUUUGUGGAAUCGAUGCACCAAAGGGGGUUGACCUCACUGAAAAUACGGAUUAUGCAUCUCAGGCAGCUCUAUGGGGUAUAGAGGGUUUGCCAGACCUAGGCGAAAUUUAUCCUUUGGGAGGCUCUGCGGACAGGCUUGGUUUAGUCGAUUCUAACACCGGUGAAUGCCUUCCUGCCGCAAUGUUACCGUUUUGUGGAAGGACUUUGCUGGAAGGUCUUGUAAGAGAUCUUCAGGCAAGAGAAUUCUUGUACUUCAAGUUAUAUGGGAAACAAUGUAUCACUCCUGUUGCAAUAAUGACAAGUUCUGCAAAGAACAACCAUGAACAUGUCACAUCUCUGUGCGAAAGACUUUCAUGGUUUGGAAGAGGUCGAUCAACUUUCCAAUUUUUUGAACAGCCUCUUGUUCCGGUUGUUGGUGCAGAAGAUGGGCAGUGGUUGGCCACCAAACCUUUCAUUCCGUUGAGCAAGCCUGGUGGUCAUGGUGUCAUAUGGAAACUUGCUCAUGACAAAGGCAUCUUCAAAUGGUUUUGUUGUCAUGGAAGAAAAGGUGCAACACUGCGCCAAGUCAGUAAUGUUGUGGCAGCUACAGAUUUAACUCUCCUAGCCUUAGCUGGCAUUGGUUUACGUCAAGGAAAGAGAAUGGGGUUCGCAUCUUGUAAGCGGAACUCAGGUGCCACAGAAGGAAUUAAUGUGCUGAUGGAAAAGAAAAAUCUUGAUGGAAACUGGGAAUAUGUUGUGUCAUGCAUUGAAUACACUGAGUUUGACAAGUUUGGAAUUACUGAUGGACCUUGCACUCCAACCUGUUUGCAGGCAGAUUUCCCAGCCAAUACAAACAUCUUGUAUGUUGAUUUACCUUCUGCCGAGCUAGUUGGAUCAAGUAAGAAUGAAAAUUGCUUACCAGGAAUGGUGCUAAAUACAAAAAAGCCCAUAGUAUAUGCAGAUCAGUUCGGAAGACACCGUAGUGUCUUAGGUGGUAGACUAGAGUGCACAAUGCAAAAUAUAGCAGACAAUUUUUCCAAUGUAUACUCGUCUAGGUGUUACAAUGGUGUAGAAGAUAAGCUAGACACAUUUAUCGUAUACAAUGAAAGGAGAAGAGUUACUUCAUCUGCCAAGAAAAAGAGACGACAAGGAGACAAGUCUUUACACCAGACACCUGACGGAGCUCUUUUAGAUAUCUUGCGAAAUGCCCAUGAUCUUCUUUCACAAUGCGAUAUAAGACUUCCUGAGAUUGAAGCUAAUGAGAAUUAUGUCAAUUCGGAACCACCACUUCUCAUCCUUCUACAUCCUGCACUUGGUCCUCUUUGGGAAAUCACUAGACAAAAGUUUUAUGGCGGUUCCAUAGCCGAGGGCUCAGAGCUACAAAUUGAGGUUGCAGAGUUCUUUUGGAAGAAUGUUCAGCUCAAUGGAAGCCUAAUAGUAAUAGCUGAAAAUGCAAUGGGCUCAAUGAAGAUCAAUGAGAAUGGUGAAUCCAUACUACAUUACGGGCAAAGGUGUGGAAAAUGUAAAUUGGAGAAUGUUAAGGUAUUGAACAAGGGAAUUGAUUGGACUUGUGGUGAAAACAUAUACUGGAAACAUGAUGUACAGCGGUCUGAAGUACUUAAGAUAGUACUGCACGGAAAUGCUGAAUUUGAGGCUACCGAUGUUGUCUUACAGGGAAAUCAUGUAUAUGAAGUUCCAGAUGGCUACAAGCUGAAGAUCACGCAAGGAAACACAGGUUUAGCAAUUCAGUUAGAUCCGAUUGAAGAGAGUAGGAUGGAGAGUGGAAGCUGGCACUGGGACUACAAGAUAGAAGGUUCUCAUGUUUGCCUAGAAUUAGUAGAAUCAUAGACUACUACCACUAACUGCUAAAAAUGCCUUCUUGAGUGAAUCAUGGUUCACUGCUGGUAUUAGCGCCCAUGUUAUAAGAAUUUGGAUUACCAAGUGACUGGUUAAACAGAAGUUGAACCGUCACUCUUUGUUCUUGUAGAGUUUAUCUUGUAACAAUAUACAUGUUGAUAUGUUGUAUUUAUAACCAUUUCCUUUGGUUAACAUCUCCAUGUAGCUAAAUUGUAUGAUUGUAAAACCGAGAAUUAUUCGAGCAAUGAAUGUGGAUCUAUCUAUCUAUUUUUA